AUAUUCCAUUCAUGGCUAUUGAGAAUGAAGGAUCAACAGAAAGGAUAAAUGGAACAUAUCGCUAUGUAUUGCGUCUUUAUAGUCGCCUUAUUAAUGGCCAAAAGGCACUGGUAACUCUUAUAGACAUUCAAGUUUUCUUUGAUAUUCUCGUACCAGAUGGAAAAACUCUAGAUGAAUGUGAAGAAAAGGUAGCUCGAAAAAAUGGAAUCCAACUCUCUGGGUGGUCUACAAUAAACAAAUAUAUAUGUAAGAAAGAGGAUUUCACAACAAUAAGUAACCGAUUUUCCAUUUCAGUUCUCUUACGAGAUCGCACUCUUAUCCUUACAUGGGAUAUAGAAACAUAUGCCUCACAAAUAGGAGAAUUUGCAGAAGUUCUUGAACAAAAAAACAAGGUCUUUAUGAUUGGUAUGAUAUUACAUUGGAAAGAUGAUCCAAAACCAUUAAAACAAAUCUGUCUUGUUGACGUUGAAACUGCAUCAGACUCACGAUGGGUUACAAUCAUAUGCGGAAAUCAGAUAUGGAAGCGAAUGACAGGAAAGUUUGAAACAAAAGAAGAAAUCCUAAAAUGGAAAUAUCAUGGAAAGGUAAGUGCGAAAUCUGAAAAUAAUUUCAUGAUAAAAGGAAAGAAAAAGGAUACAGAUGAAGAGGGAACCAUAUGGGGAUCAGGUGAGGAGGUUGAGAAAAAGAAAGAUUAUAUGGAAGCAAUUAAGAUCAAAAUUACUGCAGAAGAGGAUUUCUUUUCCAGUUUUCUUAAACUACCAGAAUGCAUACCAAUUGAUGUCCGAGUGUAUCUCAAAAAACGUUACCCCCAUUCUGAAGUUGAAAAGAAAGGGUCGCUUAAAUUCUUCUUAAAAAAGUGUGGCCUCGACAUUAAAGCUGACAUGCCAUAUGAUGAAAUGUGGAGAAUCUAUUUAAAGACAAAAAAGACUCCUCUCCUUUAUCUGCAAGAAAAAUGCGAGAAGUAG